AUGGCGGCGGCCGGCUUGCAGUUUGUCGACCUCCACUCGGCCGCGAAACAGGAUGACAUAAUGGCCGUCGUGAAGCUGCUCGAGGAGGGAGCCCCGAUCGACAAGAGAGACCCCUACGGAUACACCCCCCUCCACUGGGCGUGCCAGAAGGGACACACGCACACCGUGCAAGCGCUCCUCGCAGCGGGGGCCAGCGUUCAUGUGCGAGACAAAUGGAGACGCACCCCUCUGCACCGCGCUGCUAAGGAGGGCCACAAGGACGUCGUCGCCGCGCUGCUCAACUCGGGGGCGGAAAUCAACGCUCAGGGCGACAACAACUGGACCCCUCUCCACUGCAGCAGCUUUCACGGCAAGCUGGAGAUCGUGGAGAUGCUGCUGCGCAACGGCGCUGACCAGGCCGCGACGGAUCUCCGAGGCCGCACCUCCGCCGCGGUGUGCGACAUGGGCCUCUACGACGUCGAUCAGAGCGUGAAGGACAGGAUUAUCCAGCUCCUCAAGAACCCUCCCGUACGGCAGCUCGAAGCACCGCCCACCGCCUCUCCGGCGAGUGCGAUGCUUGCUCUUCCCCCUUCCUCCACGGCCGCCACCCCCGCCGCCGCCGCCGCCGCCGCCGCCGCUGCGGCAGGGGCCAACCCGGGCCUCCAGGGAGCGGCACCGGCGGGAAGCAGCGAGGGCGGUUCGGCCGCCGCUUCCGCUGCUUCCACUUCCGCUGCUGCCGCCGCCGCUUCUGCGGCGUCGGCUGCCUUGGCCGUGGAGAACGGGGUGUUCGCGCUCUGGGACACGAGCCUCGGGCCCGGGGCGGGAGACGCCGGGCCAGGCGGCAUGAUCGACAAGGAUUGGACGGACCCGGAGGACGCGGCGUGGAACGAGAUGUGGGCGAUGCUGCACGUGCCAGACCCGGACAAUCCAGACAACAACCUCUACUCGGAAGUCAAGACGCUCCGCCACGACGUGAAGCGGCUUCGGAGCGACCUGAACGAAACGGCCAGCAACGACGCUGCCUCCACCGCUACCACCACCGGCGGCACCAAAGACAGCACCACCAAAGGCGUCACCAAAGGAAUCACCAAGGGCACGGCGAACCUCGAGGGACUCUUUGGCAUCUCUAGCGCUCCGGCGGAGGCAUCAUCAUCGCCCAGCGGCGGCGCAACCUCGCCCGCUACGGCCGUAACCGACGCCCCCGUUGUUGCCCCCAAGAGCGUGACUGGAUCGAGCGAAGAUUCAACCACGGGGCUGUUCGGGGAUAUGUCGGUGUCCGCACGAGACGCUUCGGCGGACGGGACGGCAGCCCAGGAGGGCGCUAGCCCGAAUUCCGUCGGCGGUGGCGGCCGCCGUACUGAUGGCGGGAUGGUGUCGGUGCCCCCGGCCAAGCGGCCUCGGUCGACGGCGGCGGCGGAGGUCGGGGGGAUUGUCGGCGACUCGGCCGGAGCGGAGGGCGCCGGGAGCAUGGGGGAGACGGAGCUGAGGGAACAGCUGACGAGACAGAACCGCUUGCUGGCCGAGAUGGCCAAGGAGCUGGAGGGCCUCCGGAGGGAGAUGAGCGGGGGUGCCGCGGGGAACAGGAGCGGGAGCGGGGGGGAUAUGGGAGAAGGCUCUGCCGUGCUGCCGGUGCUUGACGAUCGAGGGCUAGCUCACAAGGUAAGGUGA